AUGCCGCCAAAGAAGGGUCUCACCGCGUCUGCUGUCUACAACCUGCCUCACGAACGGCAAGUGGAACUCUUGUCGGAGGCGCUUCUUCGGGAGUAUAUGCAUAAACGGAAAUUUACCGAGACGCUAAAGACGUUUGAUGUGGAGCAUCCUCGCGAUGCGGACACCAUUGCCUCACGGGCGCUCAUGUCAGAUAUGAUGGCACUUGGCCCCGAGAUGCAGCGGACGCUGAAGGAUGACGGGGUUGAAACGAUCGUAGAGAUGCUGUGCCUUCUGCGCGUGCGGCGGCGACUUGAACUGGAUGAGCUGAAGCGACGGGCCCUGCUUGAGGUGCCACAGACGCCUGAGAGGCUGAGGAAGCACAGCAAAGAGAGUAAAAAGACGUCAGGAAAGCCACCUUACGAUGAUCUGUUGCAUGAGAAGCGGUCCACACGACGGCGAGGGGGUGCUAGUAAGGAGCAGAGGCGUGCAGAUAGCAGCUUUAGUAGCAACGGGAGUAGUAGUAGUAGCCGUGUUAGCAGUAGUGGAGGGGGUGAAGACGACAUUUACCGUAGCAAUAAGAGGGUAAUUUAUAACAGGCGGAGCAACAUUGACAUUAGUAGUGAAAGUGAGUCAGAGGGUGAGCGAGUGGGGCAGGGUGGAUGGAUAAAUAAGGAAACGGGGACCACUCUGGGUAAAGGGGUUUCUCACGCAAUCAUGGAGUUGGUAUGCGGUGGAAAUUCCCUUUCCUCAUCGUUUGUUGAGCUUGGUUUUGUGUUUGGGGAGGAGGUGGAGUAUGGCCUUCUCCAGGAGCAUAGAGGUCCGGAGGGCAUCGUGGCUGUGGUCCAGGCCUUUAUUUGUGCAUACUUUUUUAGAGGCGGAUACAUCGAUGUCAAGCGGCAUCAGCAGCAGUGUCUUCUGAAGGCUCUUGCGACGUUGCUUUUCAUUGCACAACCUAAUCCACGUCGGGUUUGUCUCGCGGAUGGAUCCGUAACGACAAAGUCUGCCGAGGCGGACAUGGCGCGUUUGCGCGUCCUUCGGAAUUUUGCGACCAGACAGCAGGUUGAGGACUCGCUGCUUUUCCUCUUGGAGAGCUGGACGCAGCCCGGAGGAUCAGGCGUCUUCUGCUUUCUUCUCUCUGUGCUAUUGUCGCGUGGACUCAAACGAGUCUCCGCUGCUGUGGGGCGUACAGCGGCGUUGAUUGACCGUGAGGGGCGCUGCUCGACAAGCCUGACGAGGCUGCUGCUGCUUGGAGAGGCAGACGCCGUCUCUCCCGAUGACGUGCUAGAAAACCUGAUGCUGGAUGAGGGCAAGGGACGGCUGAGCUGCGGCUACGUCUCAAGUGGCCCCGACGACACGUUGUUAGACGACGAAGGAGCGAAGACCCCGCAGCACCCCGUUUGGGUGGUGCACCACAACGGACGUUUUGUGGUGCUCUUUUUAAAGAAGGACGAUCGUGCGCAGUUUGAGCAGCGGAAAAAACUGGGAAUGGCCACCUCCGACGUUUUUUUCUACGAGCCUUCCGCAGCUCCGCGAGGCGAGGCGUUUCUCACGGUUUCUCUUAAUGCUGCAGCUGGCAAAGGGCGAGUGAAGGAACAGCUUCCUUCCUUUCUCUACGCUGCCGUCCGCAAGAUUCCACUCUGGCGCGAUGGAGACAUCGACUGGAACGGCUUUGAGCCCACGUUCUAA